UCUUAUCCCCCUUUUUUUUAUCUCCUCCCUCUCCCGUUCGUUUCCCCACCUCGCCAAGUUUAUCGCCCCCCUCCCUCUCCCUCCUGCCGAAGUUUCGCCCGCCAGCGAUCCCCGGACGGGAGAGAGGCGCCGCCCGCAAAUGCUGCCGCCGAUCAUGUGAACUUGGCAUCACGAGACGAUGCUACUCAUCAUCAGCUUGUAGCACGGCCGUUGGAUCCUCUGCGCCAGUCGAUCUGGACGGCGGAGGACGCCGCUGGCCGCGAGCCAUUCGAAGCGGCCUGGUCGGGAGCCCUGCAACCCAAUCCGUCCGCCAUGGCGCUGUCGGUGCACGCCGUCGCCGUCGCCUCCCCGUGUCUCCUGCCCCCUCCCUCGCACCACCGCUCUGCUCCGGGCUUGGCGGCUCCUCUCCGCCCCGUCCUCCCUGUCGUCGCCCCACUCCGCUCCGGCCCCAGCUCCUCCCGGUGGACGCGGCGGGCGAGCGUGCGGGUACGCGCGAGCGCCGGCGGCGGAGGCGGGCGGAGGAGGGAGUCCCCCUACGAGGUGCUGGGCGUGUCGCCGUCGGCCGCGCCCGUCGAGAUCAAGCGCGCGUACCGGCGCCUCGCGCUCAAGUACCACCCGGACGUCAACAAGGAGGCGAAUGCUCAGGAGAAGUUUCUGAGGAUCAAGCACGCGUACAACACGCUGAUGAACUCCGAGAGCCGGUCCAAGUACGAGAGCAGCAGCAGCAGGCCUGAUUCUUCGUGGUCUCCAGGGAGCAGGAAGCCAGCUGAUGCAGAAGAAGAUUUCUAUGGGUUUGGGGAUUUCCUGAAAGACCUGCAAUCAGAAUUUCAGAACUGGGAGGCUGGCCUGAACUCAGAGCAGAAACCUAAAAGCCUGUGGGAAGAACUAUCAGCGAUUGGUGAGGAGUUUGUCGAGUUCCUGGAGAACGAACUGAACAUCGACGGCUCGAGCACUGAGGACGACGACAGGAACGAUCCGUACACGCAGUUUGGAGGGAAAGGCGGAAAUGCUGAGGGUGACAAGAAAGGAACAAGCAGUUCCGACGAUGGCGUGUCGGACAUAGAGUCGGUCCUCGAGCAGCUGAAGAAGGAGCUUGGGCUCAGCUGAACCGCCGCCUGUUGGCAACACAGUGGUGGCAACUGCAGCCAUUGUAAUUUGUAGCAAACUGGUGUUCAUAUUCAGGUACGAUGUUCUCCCGGAUCGAUGGCGGUAAUGGUAGUUACCAGUAGAUGUUGUAAUUUAGCAGGUAGAGCUUUCCGGCAGGACGACGGAUCGAGCGUUUUUUGCAGUAUGUAUCGCUCUUGGUUCUUAGGGCUCCAGUUUUAGUUUGGAAACAGAAUAGAAGGCGUUGCUUCUACAGUUUUACUUGAAA